AUGCUUACGCAGAUCAUGGUUGCCAGUCGCUAUGGCAUCGUCGCUGGCCUCAUUGCGGGCACUUAUGAUGUGCUCAUGUAUUCCCAUGUCGUUGGUUUGUCCCCCAUAAUGAUGCGGUAUGCACGCCACGUCGUCCCCCUUGGCCUUAUGGGAGCUACUUUCGCCGUCGUCGCCAACGGAAUGCUGCGCGCGAGAGAUGCCGAUGAUCCACUCAAUUAUUUUAUUGGAGGCGUAGCGUGCGGACCUCUAGUUGCCUGGUACCUUCGCUCCAAACACGGGCUGGUUCCUGGGGCACUAGCCCUCGGUAUCGCAGGGGUAGUAAAGAAGGAGUCCGUCGAUAGUGAUUUCACAUUAUUCCGGGCCUUACCCAACCACAUGAACCUGGUCAACGAGUGGCGACACGAUUGGACGAUCAUCCCAGAUCCCCGUGACGAAAUGCGACACACUUGCGACGAUGACUUUGACUUAGAUGAUGAUGACGAGGAAGAAGGAGGGGCCAAAAAGAAGAAAAAGAAGAAGAAGAAGAAGAAGAAAAAGGUGUGUUAG